UAUAGUAACUUAGAUUACGCUAGUUAUAUAGAAAUACAAAGAUUAACUAUUAGAUAUUUAUUUAGCUACUAUAGUAGCGUAAUAUCCUUUAGAUUAAAGCGCUUACAAGUAGUAGCACUCUCCUUUAUAGAAAUAGAGUACUAUAGGCUCUCUAACGCUAUAAGAGAAGCCGCUUAG